UAUGACGCGCGUUCUUCCUGUUUCCUUCCCCGCGUCUUGAAGUGCAUCUUCAGCGGCUCGCGCUGAAUGAACAAUCAGGGGCAGAGAGAGAGGAAGGCGGCGCGAAGCCCUGCCUCCUGGAGGUAUACAACCCUCACCAUCUCUCUGUCUCUCUCUCCCUCCUUCCUGCAAGCAGCAAGCUCUUCUCCUCGCAGCCCACUCACACUACAAGCACAGGUCCCGGGAUUCUCGAGCAGUGCCCAGCUGACAAGCCUUUGAAGAUGGCACAAUAACAAACCAGUGAUGCCUGACCAUGACAGCAUAGCCCUCCUAACCAGACAUACUAAGAGACGAAGAGUCGACAUUGGAGUGAAGAGAACUGUAGGGACAACUACGGUAUUAACUAAAGCAAAAGGGAAGCUAUAUAGUGUCAUGAAUUCCCAAAGUUCAGAUCAGGACAUUGAGUGCUCAGUGGUUCAGCAUACAGAUGUGGACAAAUCAAACGUGCUCCGCAAGCUGCUGAAGAGGGCAAACUCUUAUGAAGAUGCCAUGAUGCCUUUUCCUGGAGCUACCAUAAUUUCCCAGCUACUGAAAAACAAUGCAACUAAGAACGGAAGCACAGAGCUCAAUUUGCAAACCAGUGGUCUCUCCAGCACGGGGUCAGAGGCAAAUCAGGAGGAUGCUUGCAGCAACUCUUCAAGGGAAAGUGGCCAGGAAUGCCUGUCACCAUUUAGCAGGCCUAACAUGAGUCAGUUCGACGUGGAUCGGCUUUGUGAUGAACAUUUGCGGGCCAAACGUGCACGAGUUGAAAACAUAAUUCGAGGCAUGAGCCAUUCGCCGAACGUGGCACUGCGGGGUGGAGAGAACGAUCGAGAUGGGGUACAGCAGCCUGUGAGUCCCCGAGAAAGUUACAGGGAAAACAAACGCAAGCAGAAGCUCCCCCAGCAGCAGCAACAGAGUUUUCAGCAACUGGUUACAGCACGGAAAGAGCAAAAGCGAGAAGAACGGCGGCAAUUGAAGCAACAACUGGAAGACAUGCAGAAGCAACUGCGCCAGCUCCAGGAAAAGUUCUACCAAAUAUAUGACAGUACGGACUCUGAGAACGAUGAGGAUGGCAAUCUUUCUGAAGAUAGCUUGCAGUCUGAAACCACUGAUACCAGAGCACGAGCCCGUUCCGACCAUGAGGUAUCAGAGUUGGAUCCAGGACACUUCCUUGAUCGUGCUCGAGCUCUUAUUAGGGAGCAGGAAAUGGCGGCAGAAAAUGAGAAACUGAAGAGAGAUGGCCGCUCCAGGAAAAGCCAAGGCCUAACCACCUUGCAUGCUGAAGGAAAACAGCUAGCUGAGACGCUCAAACAGGAACUCAAUUCCACCAUGUCACAAGUAGUGGACUCUGUCGUCAAAAUGUUCUCUAAAUCCUCCCACCAGCUUCCUCAGGUCUUCCCCCCUAUCCAGAUUCCACAGGCGAGAUUUGCCAUGAAUGGAGAAAACCACAACUUCCACACAACAAAUCAACGACUUCAAUGCUUUGGCGACGUUAUCAUUUCGAACCCGUUGAAUACUUUUGCCAACAUGCACGUGUCUAAUUCCUCGGACCAGACGGAAGCACUGCCUCUCGUAGUACGCAAAAACUCCUCCGAGCCAUCUGCGUCCACCCCGUCCAUGGGAGGCCACCACGUUUCUCAUCAUCAGUCCCCGCUCUCAGCCGCAGCAGGGUUUUCAUCCCCUGCCUUUCGCCAUCCGCUGCCUCUUCCUCUCAUGGCCUAUUCCUUUCAGAGUUCGAUAGGCAACGCCUCCAGUGCAGUAUCUGGGAAAGACAGGUCAUCUCCCGAGUCCUUGGACCUGACCAGGGAAACUGCCUGUCUGCGGACCAAAGUAUCAUCACACCACAUGAACCAUCGUCCCUGCUCACCAAUCCAUCCAUCCAGCACAGCGGAAGGUCUCUCGUUAUCUCUCAUUAAAUCUGAGUGUAGUGACUUGCAAGACAUGGCGGACAUUUCACCAUACUCUGGCUCAGCAUCAUACAUACAGGAGGGACUGUCACCCAACCACCUCAAAAAGGCGAAGCUGAUGUUCUUCUACACGCGGUACCCCAGUUCAAACAUGCUGAAGAUGUUCUUCUCUGACGUGAAGUUUAAUAGGUGCAUCACCUCACAGCUUAUCAAGUGGUUCAGCAAUUUCCGAGAAUUUUACUACAUCCAGAUGGAGAAGUUUGCUCGUCAGUCUAUUAACGAUGGGACAACAAGCACGGAGGAGCUGACUGUCUCCCGUGACUCUGAACUCUUCAGAGCCUUAAACAUGCACUACAACAAAGCAAAUGAUUUUGAGGUUCCGGAGAGGUUCUUGGAAGUGGCUCAGAUCACAUUACGAGAGUUUUUCAAUGCCAUUGUUGCAGGCAAAGACGUUGAUCCUUCCUGGAAGAAGGCCAUCUACAAGGUCAUUUGCAAGCUGGACAGUGAAGUCCCGGAGGUUUUCAAAUCUCCAAAUUGCCUGCAAGAGCUACUACACGAGUAAAGAUGCCCAGAACCAUCAGACAAUGUGAAGUUGAAUGAAAUGCGCUCAUCUUGUCAUAGAGAACUGUGGGAUAUGAACUGCCUGCGAUGAAAACGCUUGUAUGUAUAUGGUUGCAGAAAAGUGACGAAAACACUGCCUUUAUAUUAUUUAGCAAUAUGUUGUACAUAGCGUUAUGCUCAUUUUUGUAUUAAAUACCUGUUAAUUUGAAAAUAGUGCAGUAAUUAAAACUGACAUAGUCAGUGAUUUGAUUUUCUUUUCUAGCUAGAGACCAUUUUGAUUGUGGAAUUUUGUUGUUGUUAAUUGUUCUGAAGACUGCAUAAUUUAUUGGUUUAAUUUAUCCUAAUUUAUUUGAAGGUGUAAAAUUUUGUAUUGCCAGGGAUGUACUGUAAUAAUUGAUCAUGUAAUGAAAUGAUGAUCCCUGUCCAUGUCAUGGGGUGCAGUAGCCAACUGACUUAAGCAAUGGUUAUUAAAUUCUGCUUGGCAGCUACUAAAUUUUGAAGAUAAAACCUUUUGCUGACUAACUGAUUUCAUUUUGUGUGUUUUAAGCUUUUUUGUAUGGUAUCCAGACUUUUACCUUUGCUUUGUACCACCUACAAACUACAGUAGUUCAAUUGCCUUGUGUGCCUUCCAUUCUUCUCUGAACUGAAUGUAUGUGCAGUAUAUAUGCAAGCUUGUGCAGAAUAAAUAUAAUUCCAAA